AUGGCAACAGUCGACACAUCUCUCCCCGCGCACCCCACGGGCGCAGCAGCAACCCUCGCAGCAUCCCAUUCCGCCUCGCAUGACCUCAAGCUCUACGGCGGAUGGUUCUGCCCCUUCGUGCAGCGGUCCUGGAUCGUGCUCGUCGAAAAGGGCAUCGCGCACCAAUACAUCGAGAUCAACCCCUACCGCAAAGACCCCGAGUUCCUCGCGCUAAACCCGCGGGGUUUAGUGCCUACGCUCGCCGUCCCUCCCGCCGACGACGGGAAAGCGGCGGCGAAGCCGUUAUACGAGAGCUCGAUUAUCUGCGAGUAUCUCGACGAGGCGUACGGCGAGGAUGCCGCGGCGCUCCUGCCGCGGGGGAGAGGAGAGGUCUACGAGCGCGCGCGAUGCAGGCUUUGGAUCGAGCACAUCGGGAGCAAGAUCGUGCCUGCGUUUUACAAGUUCUUGCAGCAUACGCCUGAGAAGGAGUACUCUAUCGAAGAGGCGCGGGGGACCUUCCUGGGACACGUUGAGGCUUUUGUGAGGGAGAUGGAUGGUGAUGAGCGGGGGCCGUGGUUUCUGGGGGACAGGUUUAGUCUUGUCGACGUCAUGCUUGCGCCGUGGGCGAAGAGGAUGUUCCUCAUCGACCACUAUAAGCCUGGUGGUGUGGGCAUUCCCGCGACGGAUGGGGAGGAUGGAGGGGUUUGGAGGAGGUGGGGCGUGUGGUUUGAUGCUAUUACGCAGAGGCAGAGCGUGCGCGAGACCUGGAGCGAUGAUGAGAUGUAUGUCGAGGCGUAUAAGAGGUAUGCCGAGGAUACUACGCAGUCCGAGGUUGCGAAGGCUACGAGGAAGGGGGGGAAACUUCCGUGA